UGUGCGCGGGGCCGGCAGAGGAGCGCGGAGUCGCGGCGCCCUCGCUCUGCUUGCGGCUCGGCUACCCACUGCGUCCGCUCCUGCGGUGCCGCCGUCGCCAGCUCCAGAUGGGGAAGGACCAGGGCUUCUCCCGGCACUUUCGGAUCUUCAUCCCCAAGAAGCACCGGGCGCGCUUCGACGAGGUGGUGUCGCAGGGUCUGCUGGGCAAGCUGUGCCGCGCGCGGCGGGCGCAGAGCGCGCAGAGGCUGCGCCGGAGCCGCAGCGAGGAGCGGCCCGAGCGCCUCCUGGUGUCCACGCGCGCCAGCGCCGCCCCGCGCCGCCCCGACGAGCCGCCCCCGCUCAAGGCCGCCUCGCUGCUGGCCGGCCGCGCCUGCUCGGGGCGCGCGCGCAGGACCGUCCGCGUCUACAAGGGCAACAAGAGCUUCGGCUUCACGCUGCGCGGCCACGGGCCCGUCUGGAUCGAGUCCGUCCUGCCUGGGAGCCCGGCUGACAAUGCCGCCCUCAGGUCGGGCGACCGGAUCCUCUUCCUCAACGGACUGGACAUGAGGAACUGCUCCCAUGACAAGGUGGUGUCCAUGCUGCAGGGCAGUGGCGCAAUGCCCACCCUGGUGGUAGAGGAGGGACUCGUCCCGUUCCCCAGCGACUCCGAUUCUUUGGAUUCCUCCAGCCCGUCGGCGGCGCUCACCUCCCUGCAGUGGGUGGCGGACAUCCUGCCGGCCAGCAUCCGCGUGCAGGGGAGGACCUUCAGCCAGCAGCUGGAGCGCCUGCUCACGCCUCCCGAGCGCUACGGGGUCUGCCGGGCCCUCGAGAGCUUCUUCCAACACAGGAACAUCGACACCCUCAUUGUCGACGUCUACCCGGUGCUGGACACGCCCGCCAAGCAGGUGCUCUGGCAGUUCGUCUACCAGCUGCUGACUUACGAGGAGCAGGAGCUCUGCCAUGAGAAGAUCGCAUGUUUCCUGGGCUACACCGCCAUGACCGCAGAGACAGAGCCGGAGCUGGACCUGGAGCCGGAGCUGGAUCUGGAGCCGGAGCCGGAGCCGGUGCCCGAGCCCCAGCCACGGAGCUCCCUGCGGGCCUCCUCCAUGUGCCGCCGCAGCCUGCGGUCCCAGGGCCUGGAGGCCGGCCUCGCCUGCGGUCCCAGUGACUGCCCUGAGGUGCCUCUUCCUCUGAUCCCGGGCGAGCGCCAGGCAGGCGACGGCACAUCCCUUCCCGAGACCCCCAACCCCAAGAUGAUGUCGGCCGUGUAUGCGGAGCUGGAGUCCAGGCUAAGCAGCAACUUCGCAGGGAGGAGGGGGUCCACCUCCAGAUCCCGAGCCUCCCCCCCAGCGCCCAGCCCGGCCGGCACAGCAGGGCCCAGGACCCUGUCCGGCAUCUCCUGGCCCAGCGAGCGGCUCCGACCCUCCCCCUGCUACUACCCACUGUGCUCCGAGGGCCCGGCCUCCCCCAGCAGCUCCGAGUCCCACCCCUACGCCAGCCUGGACAGCAGCAGGGCGCCCUCCCCGCAGCCAGGCCCCCGGCCCCUGCACCCCGACAGCCCCCCGAGCCCGGACCUGGGCCGCCAGCCCAGUCGCAGGAAGCUCUUCACCGCCUCCGGGCCCGCGCGGAGCCGGGACACCGACCGCUUCCUGGACGCCCUGAGCGAGCAGCUGGGCCCGCGGGUCACCAUGGUGGACGAUUUCCUGAGCCCCGAGAACGACUACGAGGAGAUGAGCUUCCAUGAGGACGACCAGGGCAGCUUUGUCACCAACGAGCGGAGCAGCGCCAGCGAGUGCAUCAGCAGCAGCGAGGAGGGCAGCUCCCUCACCUACUCCUCCAUGUCCGACCACGUCCCCCCGCCCCCGCUCAGCCCCCCGCCGCCGCCACCCCUGCCCUUCCACGACCCCAAGCCCAGCUCCCGCACCCCGGACGGUCCCCGGGGUCCCACUCAGACUCUAGCCAAGCCCCUCACCCAACUCAGCCACCCGGUCCCGCCCCCGCCCCCGCCACCCCUGCCCCCACCCGUGCCCUGUGCCCCCCCCAUGCUGUCCCGGGGCCUGGGCCACCGCCGCAGCGAGACCAGCCACAUGAGCGUCAAGCGCCUUCGGUGGGAGCAGGUGGAGAACUCGGAGGGCACCAUCUGGGGUCAGUUGGGGGAGGACUCUGACUAUGAUAAGCUGAGUGACAUGGUGAAAUACCUUGACCUGGAGCUCCACUUUGGCACCCAGAAACCGGCUAAGCCCGUGCCCAGGCCCGAGCCCUUCAGGAAGAAGGAGGUGGUGGAGAUCCUGUCCCACAAGAAGGCCUACAACACCUCCAUCCUGCUGGCGCACCUGAAGCUGAGCCCGGCCGAGCUGCGGCAGGUGCUGAUGAGCAUGGAGCCGGGGCGGCUGGAGCCCGCGCACCUGGCGCAGCUGCUGCUCUUCGCGCCCGACGCCGACGAGGAGCUGCGCUACCAGGCCUUCCGAGAGGCGCCCGGCCGCCUCAGCGAGCCCGACCAGUUCGUCCUGCAGAUGCUGUCGGUUCCGGAUUACAAAACCCGCCUGCGCAGCCUCCACUUCCAGGCCACGCUGCAGGAGAAGACGGAGGAGAUCCAGGCCAGCCUGGAGUGCCUGCGCCAGGCCUCCCUGGAGCUCAAGAACAGCCGGAAGCUCGCCAAGAUCCUGGAGUUCGUGUUGGCCAUGGGCAACUAUCUCAAUGACGGACAGCCCAAAACCAACAAGACCACGGGCUUCAAAAUCAACUUCCUGACGGAGCUGAACUCCACCAAGACAGUGGACGGGAAGCUCACCUUCCUGCACAUCCUCGCCAAAUCGCUGAGCCAGCACUUCCCCGAGCUACUGGGCUUUGCGCAGGACCUGCCCACGGUGCCCCUGGCGGCCAAAGUGAACCAGCGGGCUCUGACCGGCGACCUGGACGACCUGCACGGCACCAUCCGCGAGAUCCAGGCUGCCUGCCAGAGCACGGCCCCCUCCAGUGAGGACAAGUUUGCCGCCGUCAUGACGUCCUUCCUGGAGACGGCGCAGCCGGCGCUGCGGGCGCUGGACGGGCUGCAGCGAGAGGCCGUGGAGGAGCUGGGCAAGGCGCUGGCCUUCUUCGGAGAGGACUCCAAAGCCACCACCUCCGAGGCCUUCUUCGGCAUCUUCGCGGAGUUCAUGAGCAAGUUCGAGCGGGCCCUCGGCGACCUGCAGGCCGGGGAGGGUGCGCGCAGCUCGGGCAUGGCUUCGCCCCUGGCCUGGUGACAGCGCGACCGCGCCCCCUUCGGCCUGGGUGUGGAGAGGAACACCAGAGGCUGCGGCCUCGGCCCGGGGCCACCUAGGUUGGGGCCUCGCCCACCCCUUGGACCCUCCUGCCUGGGACCCCGGGCUGCUAUGCCCACGGAGCCCACGUCUCCAGCUACCUCAGCACUGAACGUCAGCCACUGCGAAGGUCGGGGUUCUGCGGGACCCCAUCUCCCGGCCGAGCCCCAGGCCUGAGUGCCGGGGUGCAGGAGCCACCGUGCACUCGCAGGGAAGGUGACCCCCCGGGAGGGCCGCCAUCGCUCCCUGGCCUGGCUGUGCCCCGGUUCCGCGGGCCCCCUGCACCUCACGCCACCUGACCCCCAGGCAGGCCAGCAAGGGCUGCCGCCCGAACCCUCGGGACGGAGGGGACUCGGGUGGGGGGCUGCGACCUGCAGGUGAAUUGCGAGUGGCCGGGGCCCUGGCGGCCUCUGCUGUCUGCUCCUCCAUGGCUUGGCUCCCACCGGGCCCUGGGGGUCGUCAUCGGGGGGCACAGACCUCCUGGACCCGAACCCUGGAGCGGGAGGCAGAGGCCCUUGAGCACGCCACCCCGGGCACUGUGAGCUGCAGGCCCCUCUCCCAGCCGGGCCUCAGGGCUGCUGGGAGCUGGAGGGAAAAGCACUUGGCGGUGCCCAGAGGCGGGCGGGGGGCGGGAGGGAGGGAGGAGAGAGCAGGGAGAAACAGCCAAGGGCUGGGCAAGGAAGAUCCGCUAUGCUGGGCGGCAGCAUUGAGGCUUUAUCUGGGGGGCGGACAUCUCUCAGUUUCCAAGCAGUCAGGCAGCGGGAUGGGCGUCAGAGGCAGGCCGGAGAGACGGAGACGACCGGGUGCCGCCUGGACAGGACGUGGUGGCUGCCGGAUGGGUCUGUGAUGGUCCCUGGAACGGGUCCUUGAGAAAAGCAGGCUUCGGGGGGAGGGACACCAUCUCGGACUUUCCGCGAUCCCAGCAGCUGUACUUGUGUCUGGAGCUACCGGGGCGCAGGGGUGCACGGGCGGGAGGGCGCGUUGACUUCUGUCCGGGCUCCAGGUGGCAGGCCCUGGCCUCGGGCAGCUCCCUGUCGCCUCUCUCCUCAACCUUCUCCCAGGGACUCUGAUCCGGGCUCUAGGCCCGUCCCUCGGAGGCCCACCCU